AUGAACAUCCCACGCUGCACAGGUCGCGGUUUUAGUUCUGAGCUGAGCGCCUCGCUGAAGAGGCUGGCGGCCGAAGUCGCGCCCGUCCGCCAGGUGCGGCGCCGCAUCGAGAGGCCGAAGACGAGAACGCUGACACAAUGGGAGGAGAAGGCGUUGGUUCCCUACAACCCCGCAGAAGGCAUGCUGGUGCGACAGCAGGAUGAGUGGCACCAACGGCUGGCAGAGGAUCCGGUCCUGGAGUGGCAUGGCAGGCUGCAGCUCCAGAAGGCAAAACUGAAGCAGAUGCUCGAGCCACCCAAGUCGCCGCCACCGGUGGUCGAUGAGCUGCCAGAAGACGUAGUGCAGGACAUAUUCCGUGAGCUCGUCGAGGACCCGCAGGAAGAGCUGGCAGCCCGACGGGACUUCCGGCGGGCGGAGUCGCUUGCGCUGCAGCUUGAGCAUGUGCUUGCGUGCCCUCCACCGCGGCUUCAAAAGGUGCUGAAAGCGAAAGUGCGCAUCGCGAAGGUGGAGGCUGCAGACCAUGACGUUGUGGUCUAUUUUGAGUGCGACGAGCCAAAGAUGCAGCGGCGGCUCACGAAGGCGGCGCCCGUCGUGGCUGCGUCUUUGGCGCGCAGGCUGAUGAUCGCAACGGUGCCCACCUUGCAAUUUGUCCCAGCACCCAGAGGCGAGGAUGGCACAGGCAUAGCGCUCUGGCGCCAUCAGAAGCGGUCCAGGAGGCUCUUGGUGAACAAAGCGGUGCAGUGCUGGGCUGCUUCCAUGAAUUGGUGA